AUGGAAAGUGGUGUUGACACGUUCUUCCGAAUCCAAUUUUUUACUGCUGGAGUCACCAACGUUGACCUCAACAUGGUCUUCACUAUGGAAGUUCUCGAGAGCUGGGACCCGUGUUACCCGAUUUUAUCACUUCACGAUGCCGGCGCACCAUUUCGACGCCAUGGAUUCUGUCGCACCCCAUUCUCAGCUCCUCUUCUUACUCGCGUUGUCUCAGUGCUCAACAUGAGUGAUCAGAUAGUGUCCUGCGUUCAUUCAAAACCAUCUGCGCAGUUCUCCACAGAUGUAGUAGUCAUUCCACGAGUUUCUGCUGAUUAUGUGUCAGUUGAGAAUAAUACGCAGAAGCGUAUGAUUCGCGAGGAGUUGGUGUCAUCUCAGGUCUACUGCCCUGAUGUCAAAAGACCUCGGUUUCGGAAUCAUGCGAGUUUCAUCUCAUGUUCAGAGGUGAGAAUAUACAGGUGCCAGGAUGCAGAUGUUAAAGAAGUGGAACCGAGAAUCAUCAACGAUUUUAUCACCAAAACUUGCCUCAGUGAGAUCUCAAUCAAAGCGAAGAGCUUCGAGAAAAAGAAUGUCUCUGUCUUGGUCUACUCGAAUCCUUCAACCGCCUACACUGAGUAA